AUGGGCAAUGUGUGCACAUGGAGACAAGGGAAAGGUAAAUCGGCGGAUGAAAACUUAUCAAUUAAAAAAGAAAAUGGAAUACAAAAUGAUUUAGAAAAAAAUGAUAAAAAUGUAAAAAAUGAAAAUAAACCUAUGAUUUCAGAAAAUAAAAGAAAUAUUAAUGAGGAGAAAGAUAUUACAUUAAAAGAAUCUUCCAUAGAUAAAAGAGAAAACGAGAAUGAUCCAAAAGAAUCUGAAAGAAUUGAUGAAAACGUAGAAAACAAAGAAUGCUCUAAACUAAAUAAGCAAGUUGUUAUUACUUUAAAUAAAAAUCAAAUAAUUAAUGAAGAAUAUUCAAGUGAUGGAGAUGAAACAGAAUACCACAGCGAGAUGGACAAAAAUGAAAUAGAGAAAAAAGAAUCUGAUAUUGCAAAUAUAGAAGGAAGGAAAAAUAAAAGGUUGUCUGUUAGUGCUGAAGCUUAUGGUGAAUGGAAUAAAAAAAAAGAAAAUUUUGUAGCAAAAAUAUAUGAAAAAGAUGAGGAAGAAAAAUUAAAAAUACGUGAAGCAUUAAAUGAGUCGUUUUUAUUUAAUCAUUUAAAUGAAAAAGAAUUUGAAACCAUUGUAGAUGCAUUUUUUGACAAAAAUGUAAAUGAGGGAAUGAAUAUAAUAAAUGAAGGGGAUGAUGGAGAUUUAUUAUAUGUAAUAGAUGAAGGAGAAGUAGAAAUAUACAAAAACAAAGGGGAUAAAAAAGAAAUAUUAACAGUAUUAAAAUCAAAAGACGUAUUUGGUGAAUUAGCAUUAUUAUACAAUUCAAAAAGAGCAGCAACAGCUACAGCUUUGACUAAUUGCCAUUUAUGGGCACUUGAUAGAGAAUCAUUUACUUAUAUAAUAAAAGAUAAUGUAGCAAAAAAAAGACAAAUGUAUGAGGAUAUUUUAAAACAAGUUACUAUAUUACAAGAUAUGGAUCCAUAUGAAAGAUCAAAAGUAGCUGACUGUUUAAAAUCAAAAAAUUAUACUGAUGAAGAAAUUAUAAUUAAAGAAGGAGAAGAGGGAGAUACUUUUUAUAUGUUAAUUGAUGGAAACGCUAUAGCUCUAAAAAAUGAUAAGAUAAUUAAAACAUAUAAAAAAGGAGAUUAUUUUGGUGAAUUAGCUCUUUUAAAAAAUCAACCAAGAGCUGCUACUGUAAAAUGUCAGAAAUUUUGUCAAGUUGUUUAUUUAGAUAGAAAAAGUUUUAAAAGAUUAUUGGGUCCCAUUGAAGAAAUAUUGUAUAGAAAUGUAGAAAAUUACAAAGAUGUAUUAAAACAACUAGGAUUAGACACAACUUGUAUUGAAGGAAAUUAA